AUGCAAGAAUGCAAACAAGCUUUUGAAAAAGACUUAUUCAACAAAGAGUUGGCUCAAAAUAAUAAUAUAACAAGAGUUCCAGAUAAGCUUAGAUAUGAUGGAUCAACUGACAGAUGGCAACGAGUGAUGCAGAAGAUUCCAAGGAAAGCGAAUCAGCUUUUUCAGAAGAGGAAGGAAGGACUGGAUAAAAUCUUUGAGAAGCAAAGAACAUUAAUAUCGGAAUUGUCGGAGUUGGACGCUAAUCUACAAAAGAAGCAAAAAGAUCUGGAAGUCGAGACAAAUA